UCUCCAUUACAGAGAUCAACAAUAACAAAAAAAAAAGAAGAAAAAUUUAGAAAAAAAAAAAUACUAGAGAGAGAAACACAAAACAAAAGAUAAGGUUUUUAGAGAGAUAAACAAACACAAAUCUCAUCGGUGUGUGACAAUCAAUACAUAAAUAUGUUUUCAUAUUUUCAUCAAAAUUAGAAACAUUUCUCACAUCUUUGUAUAAUAUAUAUCUUUACAUACAUAUAUACACACAUAAUCAAUCUCUGAUUGUAUAUCCAAGGAUGGUUAUCCGACGUGGGGCCAGGACAAAACUCGCCGGAUCUAAACCGGAGGCAGCUCCGGUUCAGGCGAAUAACGAGCCAAGGUACAGAGGUGUGAGAAAGAGACCAUGGGGCCGGUUCGCAGCCGAGAUCCGUGACCCAUGGAAAAAAGCGCGGGUAUGGUUAGGUACGUUUGAUUCCGCGGUGGACGCGGCGCGUGCUUACGACACAGCCGCACGCGCUCUCCGCGGAUCAAAAGCCAAGACUAAUUUCCCUUUUUUACAACCAUCUGAUGAUGAUAUUGAUCAAAUGAAAUAUAAUUAUAAUAAUAAUAUAAAUUAUAAUCAUAUGCAACAUCAUGAACAACAACAAAAACAGCUGUUUUACCCUACUAUGAGUAGUAUGAGUAGUACGGUUGAGUCAACGAGCGGGCCAAGACUGGCCCGCUCUGUUAGUACCCAACACAACCAGCGGUUAAAAGGGAAACCGCUGGUGGUGAUGGGUAAGGAUGACGAGGAUUGUCAUAGUAAUUGUGACUCGUCGUCAUCUGUAGUUGAUGACUAUAAUAAUUGUGAUGAGGGUGAUGUGGGGUCAUGUUCAAGGAAACCUUUGCCAUUUGAUCUAAACUUGCCUCCACCGUUGGAUGAUGAUGGUGUUGGACAUUGUUGUUCUAACCCUAUUGAUAAUAAUGAUGAUGAUUUGUAUGUUACGGCCCUUUGCUUGUGAAUUCGGACGAUGUUGAUCGAUCUAUGGCUGAAAAAGUUUCUUGUUGUUUCAAGAAAGUUGUCAAGAUUGGGAAAUUUGUGGUAAAUUUCUUAUGAAUCUUGAUUUGUUUACAUUGUUGUUAUUGGUCGUGACAAUGAUGAUGAUGGUAUUUGUAGAUUAGUGUUAUUUGAGUUUACUAUGCGGUCUGGGUUCUGCUUCGAAUUUGUGAUCAUUGAAGUUUUUAGUAUCAAUUAGAUCGUAAUUUUACAGGGAACCAUGAAUUUAUAUAAGGUGUAUUUCAUGAAGAAGAAAAAAUGAAUUUGGAUGAUCUUGA